AUGGCUCCUCGUAAGUUCUCUGAUGAUGAUUUGAAGAAGAAGAAGUUUUUCAAACAGAGGUUUCCGGGUUUUAAGAAGAAAGCGACAGAGCUCUCUGUUCUAUGCGGCAACUCUGUCGGAUUCAUCUGUUACGGCCCCAACAACGAUCUCCAAGGUUUGUCGGGUGAGGAUUUGAGGAGACAUAUCGAUAAGCUUAGCUCUCACCUAGUUGAAAUCAAGCAACUAAAGACAAGUAUGUUAAGAAGAGGCGACUCGAAGAAACCUAAGCCGAAGGAGACGGAAGAAGAUCAUGAUCAUAUUAGGGUUUCAGAAAAUUGUAACGUGGCUAUGAUGCCGGAAGAUCGAUUAGGGUUUGACGAGUUCCCUGGCUACCACGAAACUGAUUCCAGUUUGGGAUCUUAUGCUGCUUUCACGGAUGUCGGUGUUUCUGAUUCUUCUCUGUUGGAUCCUUUUACGUUCGGCGAUUAUUUUCCGGUGCCGCCCACAGAUAAUUUUGGGGUCGAUGGUGUUUGGGAUCUUUGUCCGAUGGAUUUGGAGUUUUCUUCACUAUUUCCUGGCUACGAUCCACUUCCCACUGAUUCUUUUAUGUCGAGCACUUACCAAACACCGGUCAUAGCAGAUAACUUAGGAUCCGUCUUCUAG